CAGCGAAGAUGGUGGCAGCUACAGGAGUGGAGGCAGUACGUUCGCCCGGAUAAGACGGAAAACCAGCCGCAAAACUCCCACGGUGGGUCUGCUCCUAUUUAGCCCCCAACUCCAGCAGAGAGGUAUAUUAGGGGGGUGGAAAGGGUGGCAACCAGCGGCGGACGGAAGAGGACGCACCACAGCCAGAGCGCACAGUGUUGUGUUUGUUGGACACAUGCAUGCCAGCGAAAACUAGUGCUAUCCAGACCUAAGGAAUUGACUGAGAUAAGGAGACAUUUCUGUUUGUGGGGGCGGUUUUUUUUUGAUAAUCCCACCGAGGAGAUAUCCAAGGGGUUUCCUUUAUUGCUCUGGGGAUUUUCUACUUCUUUGCUCUGGGAGGGGAGGGGAAUGCGAGGGGAGGAAAUCCAGCCUCAGCUCCAAAUAACCAGAGACUCCUAACUGGGUCUCCUCUCCAAACGCAGGAAAUACGGCCUGGGAAAAAAAAAAAAAAAAAAAAAAAAGUUUGGGAGCUUUUGCAAACGAGAGGGGGCCUAUCGCUGACGUUUUGCACGCGUUUUACGACUUGAGCUUGAAGUAUUACGUGUUUUUUUUUUUUAUUAAGCGCUCCUGCUAUUAAACAGAAUAAGUUGAAGGAAAGCAUUCAGAUGUUACACGCCGUUGGUGUUGUUAUUGCAAGAGUUUUGAUCAUCACUAUUUAUAGACCAGCCUGUUCCGACCGAGGCUGUUCCUCAUAGCUGUAUGUUUUGCCAACUGCGCGCAACAAGUUGCAGACACUCCCAGCAGAGGCAAACCUACGCUAAUUUGGGCCAGCGGAUGGUAUUUUCUGCGCCUCUCUUUUCGGAUUACACGUCUUUGAAUAGCGCAUACCCCUGCCCGACCCCCUCUUUGGAACCCAGAGGGGGAAUAAACGGUGGAGAUCCGGAGAGGGAGUUCAGGAAAGGACGGGGCUGGAUCCGUGGGAAUAGGCCUGCUUGUCAGGCCUCUUAUGAUCUGAUUCUUGGACUGGACAGGGCUCCAAAAUAACUCAGUCUGGAAUAUUUGCAAGGGCCCGCUGGAAUAAAGAUGGAAGGAGAAUGCAUGAGGAUAAGAAAUGCAGAUCCUUAGCACACUGAGCAACACAUGAGAAGGGAUGUAGUGGAAGGUAAAGUCGCCUUAAUGAUCACCCACUUUUUUUUCUUAAUUAACGGAAUUAACAGUUUGCUCACUUUUUGUUAGUUUGGCACUAGGCCUACGUUUAACGUAAAACAUUGGCAGUGUAUAAAGCCAGCUGCUUAAUGCAAAACGAGAAUGUGUCUUUUUUCAGGAGAGGACUGAUAAAUUAUUCUUUUUUUCCUACAUUUUUUCUCGUAGUUCUGAUGCUAUAUGAUGACGGGAUUCAUACUGUCCUCACUGUUUUAUUUUAGCACUACUUUCCGUUCAUAACAACAAGACUCUGGGAGUGUUUUUAAAGAGAGGAAAGGACGUGGAAAUUGACCAUUUGUCGCUCAUGUUGUGGAGAUAAGAGGGACAAGUGUAACUUUUGUAGCCACUUGCUGUGCACAACGCCAACUGUUGACAGCCUGUAUCUGCAUCUGCUCCAUACAAUGAAGCCCUGGACCUGAACGCUGUUUUUGUUUUUUUUUCUUUUUCUUUUUCCCCCCAACGCAAACAACGUUAUAUAUUUCGGAAUGAAGACAAAUCUGGGCAUUUUUCCCCGACACUGUCUGACUUUGUAAUGUCAGCAGCAUCGAAAUAUUGCGCACAUCCAGAGGAGGUAAUUUCCAGUCAUGUAACGUCAGGACUGACUUGAUGAAGGCAUAGAGAAAAAAAAAAAACCCGUUGCAUCACUAACCAGUCCUUUCCGAGAAGGAUGUUCAAUUCAGGAGGCAGAAAGAGUGAUGACAGUGUUUUUACCGCAGCUGGAGAGAAAGCCGGGCUCAAACCCAGAGCCUCUUUGGAGAGGGAUACAUGUAAUGUGAGUACUGACGCAAACCCGGGGUCGGAUAAUGAACUGCUCAAGAAACUGGAACGGCGCGUCUUGUGUGAGUGAGUGUGCAGGCUGCUGUGUGCGUAGCAAAGACGUCUGUGCCGUGCUCACCAUUCAUGCAGUGUGAUUAUUCCAACAAACACCUUUGCUCUCUCUUUCUCUCCCUCCCCAUCCCACCCCACCGCCCCCUUCCCUGUCUGCCUGCCCGCCCGUCACUCUCCCACCGAAGCCUUCUCCCUCCUCUCCGUGCCACAUGUGCACACACGGCGCCCACGCACCGCGUCUAAUUGCUUGAGCGCCAUCAGAAGAUAUCAUUAAUAUUUAACACCUCUCCCGCACUCCCCUGGUUCCCGCGUCACACCAGUCAAUAUGGCCACACUGCAACAUCACCGGCAGCUUCUCAUGCAUGGCACGGAAGUGAGCUGCGACUCCAGCGGGGACGGCGCCGUGACCGUGCGGAUUACCAACAGCGCGCCACACGUGCAUCAACAUGAGCCACUGAGGGCUGCCAACAGUGGAGCCGGAGGAGGAGGAGGAGCUGGAGGCUAUGGGGCUGUGAGUAAAAUGAACCCUAACCUCCACAAAUACAGUAUCUCCUCCAGCUGCAGCUCAGCAGACUCCAGAGUGGCCGUGACCUCCGCUACGAGGGCGCACAGGAAGGCGCCGCCAUUGUUCGAACGCUCUGCUGCCCAGUGCUGGGACCCCAAGUUUGACUCCCCCAUCCUGGAAGAGGCAUGCCAAGAGAGGUGCUUUCCUCAAACACAGCGGCGCUUCCGUUAUGUCCUGUUCUACCUUGCAGUGGCAGCUGUACUCUGGGGGGUGUACUUUGGGGUCAAUAGUGACCGCUGCAACCCCAUGACCUUCCUAGCCCCCACAGCCUCCUUUUUGGUCCUUCUAGUACUCCUGUUUUUGUUCACCUUCACCCAGCCCUACACACGGCUGUACAACCAAACCUCCUUGCUCCUGAUAGCUGUCACCUUCGCCAUCACCUUAGCUCCUCAGAUACAGACUGCUGGUUAUACUGAACUGGAGUGGGCCGGUGGUGGGAAUGCCUCACAUCUCUCACCAGACCAAGCAGCAACCCACUGCAUCUCCCCUGUAGGCACCUUUUCCCUGUGCAUGGAAGUUCUGCUGUUGUUAUACAGUGUUCUCCAUGUCCGUCUGUAUGCCUCAGUGAUGCUGGGGCUUCUCUAUUCUAUAUUAUUUGAGGCAUUAGGAUGGCUGCCAUUGCUUCACAUGACUUAUGACACGACCAGAACAGGAACAGGGUUAGUGGGCACGGGUUCGCACUGGGAAGGAGACACACUCCGCUGGCUAGGCCCUGCUAAAGCUCUGCUCCACUUGUGUGCCCAUGUCAUUGGCAUCCACCUGUUCAUCAUGUCGGAGGUGCGUUCCCGCAGCACUUUCCUCAAAGUGGGCCAGGCUAUCAUGCAUGGCAAAGACUUAGAGGUGGAGAAGGCCUUGAAGGAACGCAUGAUCCACUCAGUCAUGCCUCGGCGAGUUGCGGACGAGCUGAUGAAGCAGGGUGAUGAUGAGGGCGGUGGUGAGAACUCUGGCAAGCGUUAUUCCUCUGGUGCUUGCUCUGCCUCAGCCGUCUCAGUGGGUGGUGGAGGAAGCGGUGGAGCUUCACAAGCCCAAAGUGCCACAAGCCCCAAAAAUCACCCUCACAACAAUCACAAACGCAAGAAGACCUCCAUCCCCCGUGGACAGAUAAUAUUUAGGCCCUUCAAUAUGAAACGUAUGGAGCCUGUCAGCAUCCUCUUUGCAGACAUUGUGGGUUUCACCAAAAUGUCUGCCAAUAAGUCAGCACCAGCCUUGGUGGGCCUUCUCAAUGACCUGUUUGGACGUUUUGACCGGCUUUGCGAACUAACUUGUUGUGAGAAGAUCAGCACUCUGGGAGAUUGCUACUACUGUGUAGCAGGCUGCCCCGAGCCCAGACCGGAUCACGCCUACUGCUGUGUAGAGAUGGGCCUGGGCAUGAUCCAGGCCAUCGAGCAGUUCUGCCAGGAGACAUGCGAGACUGUCAGCAUGCGUGUUGGUGUCCAUACGGGCACCGUGCUCUGUGGGAUCCUCGGAAUGAAGCGCUUCAAGUUUGAUGUAUGGUCAAAUGAUGUCAAUCUGGCUAACUUGAUGGAGCAGCUGGGUGUGGCGGGCAAGGUCCACCUGUCAGAAGCCACUGCCCGAUUCCUGGAUGACCGCUACCAGAGGGAGGAUGGGCGGGUAGCAGAGAGAGCAGGGCAGAGUGCAGUGGAGAAACUAAAGGGGCUGAAGACCUACCUGAUCUCAGGGAGGAAGUUGGAACACAACGUGCAGUGCGGCUGUUCUCAGGUGGGACUGCCAGGUGGGGAUUUUGUAGGGGUCGGCCUGUCCUCCUGUCCACAGCCCCGCACACCGGACCUCAUCCCUGGAGGAGCGCAAGCUGCAGAGCCCCUGCUGCCCCACCAACCACCAGACAGGAUUGGGCCUCCCUGUGUGUCCCGUAGUGUCGUCUUGUCUGCGGGGGCAGAGCAGGGUGAUGAUGUGGCUGUGUUGAAUGGCUGCCAGGAAGAGCACAAGACUAGUAGUGCCAAGUUCAUCCCAGGUCACAGUCCCAGGGCGGCCAACGGCCUCCUGAGUCCCCCACUAGAAGACCCGGUGCGGGCCAGCCAGAGCUCUCUGUGCGACAUGCGCCAGGAGAAAGAGAAGAAGACCAGCACUAGCACAGGGACUGGCACCAGUCUAGGUAUGACUGGGGGCACAGGGACAGCGGGUCCAGGUAUGGACCACUCCGCCCUGAUCCAGCUGCGUGCCAAGAACUUCAGAGAAAAGAGCGACGCCCACUUUGUGGAUGUUAUCAGGGAGGACAGUCUGAUGAAGGAUUACUUUUUCAAGCCUCCCAUCAACAAGAUCAGCCUCAAUUUCCUAGAGAGACCUUUGGAAAAGGCCUAUCGCAGCAGUUACAAGGAGGAGGUGAAAAACCAGGUUCAGGUGCAGACAUUUGCGAGCUCCACCUUCAGCUCCUUCCUGGAUGUUCUCCUCAGCUGUUUUGUAUUCCUGGCCCUGACCCUGGCCUGCUUCCUUCCACCACUUGUGAGCCCAGGCACCGUGGGUCCUCCGGCCAAUGCUGCCCUGGCCCUGGCUCCCCUGGCUGGUCUGUUGGAGCUGGCCUCUCUGGUGCUGUCCAUACGUAUGGCCUUCUAUUUGGAGGAGGUGAUGAACUGUACUCGCUCCCUGCUCCUGGUGGUCUCUGGAUGGGUUCCCCGUCAUGUGAUCGGAGCCGUGUUAGUUUCCCUCCCUGCCAUCUCUGUCUUAUCCCAUCUCACCUGCAGCGUCCACCUUCCCCUUCAGGUGACCACGUUCCUGUGCUGUGCUACCAUUCUGGCCAUCAUCCAGUAUUGUAACUUCUGUCAGCUGAGUUUCUGGAUGCGCUCAGUCCUGGCCACUGCCACAGGCGUCGCUUUGCUGCUGUUGCUGUACAGCCCCUUACACAGCUCCAGUAAUAACAGCUUGCCAGUUCAUGGACUGAACAUCUCCACAUCGAGUGAUGGUGGCUCAGAAUUGGGCCCUGAGCAUGCUCCACGACCUCUUGACCUUUUGGUCCCAGAGGCUGUCCUGGCCUUCUUCCUGCUUCUUCUCCUGGUCUGGUUCCUCAACCGUGAGUUCGAGGUCAGCUACCGUCUCCAUUAUCAUGGCAACGUGGAGGCAGACAAACAUCGCUCCAAAAUCCAGACGAUGCGAGACCAGGCUGAGUGGUUACUGGGAAACAUCAUCCCCAUCCAUGUUGCUGACCAGCUAAAGGUGACCCAGAGCUACUCCAAGAACCACGACAGUGUGGGUGUGAUCUUUGCCAGUAUUGUAAACUUCAGUGAGUUCUAUGAGGAAAGCUACGAGGGUGGGAAAGAGUGCUACCGUGUCCUCAAUGAGCUAAUCGGAGACUUUGACGAGCUCCUUCGCAAACCUGAAUUCAAAAGCGUGGAAAAAAUCAAGACAAUUGGUGCCACCUACAUGGCAGCGUCUGGACUGAAUGUCCGGCAGCUGGCUGAGAAUGACGAUGACUCUCCUCACGCUCACCUUAGGGCACUUUUCAACUUUGCGCUAGAGAUGAUGGGCGUCCUUGACGACUUCAACAAGAACAUGCUUGGCUUUGGUUUCAAGCUCCGUAUUGGAUUUAACCAUGGGCCGCUGACGGCGGGGGUGAUAGGCACUACUAAGCUGCUUUAUGACAUCUGGGGAGACACGGUCAACAUCGCCAGCCGCAUGGACUCCACCGGUGUGGAGUGUCGGGUGCAGGUGAGCGAGGAGAGCCACGCUGUGCUCAGUGCCAUGGGUUUAGAGUUUGACUAUAGAGGUACCGUGAAUGUUAAGGGCAAAGGUCAAAUGAGGACCUUUCUGUACCCCAAAAGUGGGGAAAGUAUAGGUCAAGAUCGCACGGAACAGGCCAUUGGAGUUGGACCCUCGUCCGUGGCAUUACUGGCCAAUAAGACUUCAGGAUCUGUUGCCCAGGCAGCAGCUCCUCCUCCUUCUUCUUCCUCUUCACCUACUCCUCUUUCCCCCUCUCCCUCUACACUCCCUUCUCAACCCCAAAGCGCUGUAAAGCCUUCAGGAGCAGGGCCUGAGCCUAUCCCAGCUAAGUCCACAGAGGUAAGGGAGGAAGGAUACAGGGACGCUCCACACCUCCACGGGCAGUCCCCUGCCACAGACAUUCACACCCCUCCCUGUUCUGAACUAGGCCCAGAACCCUCCCAGGUGCAGCCUGCUCCUCUCGCACUUCAAGAGGAGGAGUAUGAAGAGGAGGAGGCCAAUGAGCUCACGAAACUCAAUGAAGAGUUUUACGCUCGUCUCUGAUCCCUCCUCUCCCCCUUCCCCUGCUGCCCCCAGCUGCUGCCUCUCCAGGACUGUUUGCAGGUGUGGGCAGGAUGUCCCUUCCAUUAGGCGAGUGUCUUCGGCAUGGAUGAAGAAGAGGGAGUUUGUCACUCCAACACAAACAGUGGCUACAGUGGUUAUAAAAAAAAUGGCUACUGCCGUCUUUCAUGGGAAUGUUGUCAGAGCGCUGGGGUGGGUUAGACCUGUGUUGAGCACAGCAGUUUAUAAUGGAGAAAAGCCUGAAAGGGGGUAAGAGGGAAAGGAGGAUUUGUUGUUGAUGUUUUUUCUUAUUCAUUUUUGUUAUUAAGUGCCUUCAGGACUAGAACAGUGAACGAACAAAUAUGAAUACUGAACAAAGUUUUAACAGUCGUAGACUACGGAACAUGCUGUGGUUUCUUACUCCAUGCUCUUAUUUUCAAUGCAAGUAUUUCUUUUAAAAAAAUCAUUAUUGUUGCGCCAUAUCAUGUUUUAACUUGAUCAAAGUCUUGACCUUACUUAAGGGAAAAUAAUUUUAGAUUCUAUAUAAGUGCCAGUGCAGCAUGAUGGGCUGAGCAGGGAACUAAGGGAAGAAUGAGGGAAUCACAUGAAGCAGUGUUAAUUUAUGUAUUCUGCUUUGACAUGAGGGCUUAAUACAUUAUUCAUUUGUGCUAGAGUCUCAGUAAAAGGGGACAUGCUACAAAGCAGGCUGCAUAGAUUUUAGUUUGUAGCAGCUAAAUGCACAUUUUAAGCACAGGUCUUGCACAGUGUUUUCUCGACCACUUGUAUUUGGUAGUUAUUAUCAUGAGAAAGCUUUUAAGAGUUUUAACAGAGUUCUUGUCUUUCACAACGAGUACAAUCAAAAGCACAAAAUCAAAUCGGAUAAGGGAAUAUAGAUAUGGAAGAAAGGGUGGUUUUAAAAAGGUGAGAUCAUCACAGAAGCAGGAAGGCACUUUAAAUAUACCUAAAGUGAUACUCUACAUUUGGGUAAGAAACACUCACCCCCAUGUAGGUGUGAAAGGUGGCUGUAAAACUGUGGGCUUGUCCUCAAAACAUGUUUGGCGACUCUGAUAAGCUUUAGUUGAUGUUGGUUAAAUUCUGUAGAUUCUAUAGAAACUUCUCAAACCAAUCCUGCACUAUGAUCCACUUUUCUGCUGUCGUACAUGUAUUUCUACCAAAGUUUGGUUAAACACUCUGCUUCAGUGUCAGUCUGCUUUUUCGUUGG